AUGAGGCUCUUUUUUGGAGCUCUGGCAUUAGCAUCACUUAUGUUUUGUCUUGCUGCUGAACGCAAGUCAAAGCUUCCCAAGCAUCGACCUACAAGAAUCAUUACCAGUGCCUACCUCUUGGACGGGAAGGGAUUUGAUGCAGAAAAUGCAACACUGGAUUCUCAAGUGGGAAAAUGGUUGAAGGGCGUCCAAGAAAAGGCACAAGUGGAUUUAAACAAAGAAUUUAAGCUGGAUAUCACGUUUAAUAUUACGGAGAUCAACAUCACUGAUAACGACAUAACCAACAAAAUUCAGUACUGGUCCAGCGACAGUCUAAUACACGGUCCUACGUUCCUGGAUUACCUCGAAGAGUAUUAUCAGAACAGAGACAACCCAGAUAUUAUCUGCGUUGUUACAAGAUACAGGAUGUACGAUUCAGAAGAAGUUAAUUAUUUGGCCUAUGUAAAACACACGACUCUGUACCACACCAUGGUGCCAAUGCUUUUGACAUACGUUCCUGAAAAAGAAGCGAAGACCGGAGAGCUUUUGUUUAAACUUGUUCAAAGGAGUAUUACCUCGAAUCAAGGUCGAUGGGGAAAAUACUUUAAAAAUUGUAACAAACCCAAGAAAGUUAAAGAAAUAAAAUCAAGACAAUCAAUUCAAUCUUCCCCUUAG